AGACCGAUCAGAGACAUUACUUUAAUUCUCAGCCACAUUUAAAUGCGGACUGAUUCGCCGCGAUUUUAAUUAUCGUCCUCUUUGUUAAUAUUAAUAAUUGAAUGGAAACUUUAUGUAGGUGUAACUGUAGCAUCGUAGGGAAUUUUGAAAGGGGAUUCGUUCAAGUUUUCUGUCAAAUAGUACCUAUAGUAAUAUUAAUACAUGGGCUAAACAUCUUAGAGUAGCGCAAUCGACAUUUUGCGACCUUUUUUAAUUGUUCUUUUUAAUAAAGGUGUAUCAAUCAUCAUUGUUUAAUAAUGGAUUCGUAUCAUGCAGUAGCUAACCAGUAUAGCGACGUUUAAGAAAUUAUGAAACAACGUGCUUUUUUCAGUGUGUGCCAAAUGGUAUGUAACAUCUAAUUUGUACUUGGAUAAUCAGUUUCAGUUUCUCAUUCCACUACUUACUCUCCUGGUUCGCUAAUUGAUUACUGGGUGCUAACUAAAAUGCGUUUGCUACUGAUAUUUUACAUAGGAUACACCAAUUAUCCGUACGUCGAUUGCACUUAUGUCGGCUGGUGGUGCUUACUAUGUCACUCAAUUUUAAUGUCGGUCACUGCACAUCUUCCUUGUUCAUACUUAUUGCCUUUUGGUGCUAUAAAUCUACGAAUAACUAAUAUUAAAUUUAACAGAGUAGCGACUAGUAAGUAGCGAGCAAGCUGCCUACCUGCCUUACUGUAAGAUAAAAAGUAAUUUUAUCGCCAAAAGCUUAUCUAUUUUAAAAAGUCCCCUAACAUUUUGAUUUGAUUUGAAAUAAGUAUAAACUUUAUUGUGCACUACUAAAAAUAACAGAUUUAUAGUUACAUAGGCUUUUUAAUCAUUUUCUAUGGUUAUAAUUUAUUAUAUUUAUUAUUACAAUUCUCGGUGUUUAUUAUCUUCUUUCUGUAGUAAAAAAGCUCUUCGAAAGCUCUAUGAAAGUUUUAUUUCCUUCUUUGCUUUGAAAUUAUGGUUGACAUUUCGAUGUAAGUAUGCCAAUAGCACAGGGGGCGGAUGGUCACCGAAUGUUUGAUUUUUUUUCCUUUCAUCAUUGUAUAGCGUAUAAUAUACUGGAAUUAAAAAAAUAUUUUUAUAAAAAAACGUUUUAAUCACUUAUUUAUGUUUUCAUGACAUUACUUUAUACAUUUUCUCCUUCGACAUAUUAUCCCUGCAUUUCGUUGUCACUCAUCGCCAUAGACAAUGGUACUGUUGCCACCAACAUGAUUGAAGCACAUCAAGCACUUUAUCAAUGUACUUUUGAUUUCGUACGGAUUAUGUGCACCGACCUUCCGCGUACAAUGACGCCCGUUAGAGGGGUCAAAUCGUUUCACAUCUUAUUCGAGAGUGAACCAGUUCACUCGAGCGGCAGAAAACAACAAACUAGUUUAACGAAGGCGUGCAAAAAGUUGCGGUCACACCUACAUCAAUAAAAAGCUGGUGUCAAUAUUUUUUUAAAUAUGCAUGAAAUACAGUGAGUUUAGAAAAUUUAACUAUAACAAAAACAAUCGAAUUGUUUUAGAUUUGGUUGUUUCAAAAUAUAUAAAGCUGUUUUGCGUUAUUGGUGAUGCGAAGCGCUACUGAGCUCAAUGGCUGGCCGCGGGAACCCUAAAUUUCCUCGUACGUGAGUGAUCCGAUCUAGAUCUUCCUCGACAUAAUUGAACUUUGUCAGUAAUGAAGAAAAUAUCGUGAAAAAAAAUUCCAUGUCCUGAGAAUUACCUAUAUUUUAGUCAUGUGGGAAGUUCGCUGAAUGAAUUACGAUAGCACACAGUCUUUAUCAUCACUAAAACCCCCAAAGGCAAUUAGGUCUGUGCCCAGUCCGUAGUGGGAGGAUAUUACGUAGGAUAUAACGUUUUGCUUUUCUGCGAGUUUGCAAUUUUUUUUUAUAUAUAAUUUAGUAAAUUUUCUUUGUAUUGUUGUGCCAGCCCUAUUUGAUACUAAAUAUUUAGUAUAUUGGUUCUUGUUAGUUCUCCUAACUUAGACUUCGACGUACGCGUGGUUGUUGACACGUUGGCUUCAUAAGUCCGUUAGAGUAUCGUUUGAUUAGAGGUACUUAGCUCCACUGGCUUAAGUACGUUACAUUUUUUUUUGCUUUAUUUCGUGACUCGUGAAUUAUAAGGCUUUUAUUAUAAAAAAGGUAGCUUGAUGAAGAUUGCCAAUCAAUUCAUUAGGUUAUACCUAUAGAUAAUACGCGUUCUAUUUUUUUAUGAAGAAACUUAAAAAAAUACAUGGCUUGCGGAUUUUUUGGAAGAUGUAGGAUUUGUGGAUGCAUUAUGUUAAUGUUGCGGUAUUAUAUUCCUGGUGGGUACGGGUGGUACGGGCGGGAUGGGUGCGCGUCUCGCUGCGGUACGGCUAUAGCCGCUAGAGCGGCAUGGCAGCAGCGUGCCGAGGCGAGGGCGAACGCGGUCGAUGAGCCCGGCCUAGAGGGCAGCACAGAGCACGGGGGUGAGGGGUGGGGAGUAGCCCCGCGGCCCCCGCUCUUUCCACCUCCUCGUCUUCUUGCGCAUUCUGUACGACCGCGCCGCGCGCUCACUAAUGCGUCAUACUGCCACCUGACUUGACGUGUACUCCGUCGUUCGGUCCCGAGACUUCGCGCGCGGCAUGUGAACUUUUGUGAUGACUUAAUAUAUAUAAUAAAGACGCGUCGACGUGACUGCGACCAUGCACUACGACCCAGUACAAACUAUAUCAACAUGGACAGUGUCUGUUCCUGUCAGACGAUGGACAUUGGAGUGGUGGUAUACGACGUGGUCACACGUGCUUGCUGCCUGUUCCUGCAACCUCAUGGAGCCCAUGGUAUAAGAAGAAACGCUUCUGCAAAAUAUGAGUGGAAGACUAGUAGUAGUUGCAGCAAACAAGAAAAAUGUAGCUGUAUUACUUAGGUGUACGAAACACUCCAAGAUCAAAUUGCUCCGAGCUGUUGUAACUUAGGUAUGCCAAUGUAAUAUUGCUACGCGGAGUUAGUUACAUUGUUGUUUGAAGAAACAGAAACUUGAAAACUGCGAACAAUUAGUUAACAGCCUGCGCAAUGGAGAAUUCAACGUUUGGGCGGGGCGCUCUUCUUUCCCACAAGUUCACAGGUAGACUCAUGCACGGUUAAGUGGGUUGAUAUGUGGCAGUACAAAAAAAUCUAGCCUAGAAGAGGUAGAGAAGAGAUGAAAAAGGAUGUUGUCGUCUAUUUUAGAAAAAUUAAAAUUGAAGAUGACGGCUGAAGGCACAUCGGCAACUGGUUGAGCAAAAUCCUCCUUCGCCACAAUUUAUUAUUUGUUUAAAUAAUACUUUUUUUCACUUACCUACCUUCUAAAAAUAGAAUGUUUUGUAACGUCAGUCAGUUGUUUAAAUCUAAAAUGCAAAGUAUCAUAAACUCUAACUAGAAAAAAUAAAAACUUGCUCUGGGGUCGCCACAUUCGCUUUCUUCAUUGCAAAAAUUAUUGAUUUUGUGUGUGUAAUGACUGUACUUCGGAAUAGUCAUGCCCAUAUGAAUUGACAAGCGUAAACAUUUCUUUUUUCACUGUCAUAAUUCUACAACCAACCAAUCCUUGGUUUUAUCUCUAAUUUUUUGGUAUAAUGUAUUACCUAAAUAAAAAUAAUUAAAUUAUCUAUACAUAAUUGAAAGCUUCUUGUGUAAAAAAUAUUUCUGGUAAUUUAUAAUGCUUUGUAUUAUGUAGGUACCUUACAUACUUAUAACAUAUAAAUAAUAUGUAAAAAAAAACGCAAAUUCUCCAUUCACUUCGGAUACCGUCGCCGACGACGGUGUUACCAGAUAUUAAAAACCUGCUGAAUUUUACCAAAUUGUAGUAAAAACGUAUUUUAAACAACAUUAUUAUGUUAUUAUUUAUUAUCAUUAAAAUUUUAUGGUAAUAUCAUUGUGGUGUGCCCUUUUCGGAUUGAACAGAGGUAUAAUAUAAUUAACUUUACAUCUUCUAUAUAUUAUGUAUUAUGUAAUUUCUAUUAAAACAAAGCAGUUAUAUAUUAAUACCUAAUGUAACUAUAUUGAAGUGAUACGUGCAGUUUUUUAACUAAAUUUUUCAGUUUGUUACAUUACAAAUAAAGCUAUUGUAAAC